AACAAAACCGCUCAAACAUUGUUUCAUCCUGUCUCUGGCUCUCCGACUCUCCUCUGAAGUCCCCUCUCUGUCUUUUCUCAGAGAUCAUCAAUUUUCUCAUUUGUGACGACGAAAACCCUUGAAAUAUGAACUCAGUAGCAAUGGGUUACGACUCUGACUGCAUACCAAACAUUCACUUGCUUCCCAAGGAGUAUUUCUGUGCUGUUUGCGACCUUCUUGUCUACCCAACCGAAGCUCUUCAGUCUGUGUGCUCUCACUUGUACUGUAAACCAUGUUUAGCUUAUGUCGUAAGCACCACUAGGGCGUGCCCUAGAGAUGGUUCCUUGGUGACAGAAGCUGAUGCAAAGCCACUCCUGGAAUCAGAUAGAGUGCUUGCUGAUACUAUUGACAAUGUCGUGGUGCAUUGUCUGUACCAAGUGAGUGGAUGCGAAUGGUUCGGCUUUCUCUCUGAGAGCUCAUUGCAUUGCUCAGGAUGUGCUUUCGGUGACUUUCUUGGUACUUGCAAAGCGUGCGGAAGCAUAUGUGCGCUUCGUCAUGUGAAUGAGCAUCUUAAAAUUUGUCCUGGAAUCGAUGAAUUUUAUAAACAACACUAUGAUCAGAACUACCAGAACGAUGCCGGAUACGACAUGCAUCAACAACAUGCUCCUAUGUCACAUUCACCACAGCAAUUUCAUCCUCGAGCUGGUUUAGCUGAUCCCCACUAUUCUGGUCAACAUCAAGUACCUUAUGCGGCACCAGGAUAUGGGUAUGUGGCUCAAACUCACCCUCAAGUGCAACCUCAACCACAGUUCCAAUAUCUGCAUCAACCUCAUCCUCUUUCCCCACCACCUCCGGUUCAAGGGCUAGCUUCUCAAGGUCUCCAUCACCAUCAAGCUCAUGUGUAUCCCCCAACAGCAGCUCUUCCACAAGACCCUCCAAAUCAACAGUUCCAUUAUCACUUUCAUAUACAGAAUGUGAUGCAUCCUCAGGCCAACGUUGCUCAAAGCAGUCAGCCACACCAGCCACAUGCGUAUCCACAACCAAGCAAUGCGGGACUUCCCUCAUACAAUAUGCCCGUGCAUGAUCAUCAAGUUGGAACUCAACCUCCUCCUCAGGUGGUGCAGAAUCACUUCCCUCAACAGGUGCCGCAUGUUCCCCCACCUCACUCUCUUGCUACGAUGCAAACACAUCAGCCUCCAUUAGCAAGUCAACUAACAAGGACUCAGUACUUGAGGCAUCUGGUGCAAACGUACGGAGGAGACCCAGUUAUGCAUUUCAGAGGCUCAGGAUAAAAAAAAAAGGGAAGAUCAUUUUCAUUAUGCAUUUAUAAAAUGUGAGUACUAAGCCAAACUCAAAUCAUUUUGGACGGCCUUUGACGCGAGAGACUUGGUUAUGUAUUUUCCAGAACCUCAUAUCUUUUCAUAUUUCAUGCUAUUUAAAUUAUAAUCUUUUCCUUUCUUGUAUGCUCCGUAAUAUGUAGUUCGGUCGACUUCUGUUAAUGGUGUCAUUGUCGAGUAAAACUUUCGUUUUGGG